CAGUCAGUUCUUGGUGAACCGUUGUGCUGGUCGUGUCGUUGUCGCUGCCGUUGUUUAAACGCUCUUUACUGCCAAUAAAAACUUGUUCCGUGUGUGUGUUUUUCUUGUUGUUGUUACUGUGUUUGUAGUACAGGUUUAGCCUUAGCCUCGACUUGAGGGUGUGCUACAAAGUGUCAGUGUUUUAGUAAUUAUACUAGUAUAAGUCUAGCAAACAAACCAAACAAAAAAACAAGUGAGAAAAUGCCAUCAGCGUUCCGCAGGUGCACGCUGCAGGCCGCGCUGCUCGCCUGCCUCUGCGUGGCCAUGUCGCCGUUGCGCGCCAGCGCCAGCAUCGUGGAAAAACUGCGCGAUGAUUCCGAUCUGUCGCAGGCGACAACGCUGAGGCGCCUUAUACCUGUUAGGUUUUAUAGUUUACUAGAGCAAAAUAUCAUUGCGAAUUCCACUUUAACACUGCGACCAUGCACAGUGUUUGUGCCUACAAAUGCUGCAUUCCAGCGCCAUCAUGGACCCACACAUGUGCUCUAUCACAUAACAACGACACCAAUGACGAAGGACGAACUUAUAAAGGUUAUACCGUCAGAUAUGGGUGGCAAUCCAUCAUUGUAUAUAACGAAAAAUCGCAAUGGCGAUAUUUAUGUGAAUAACGCUAGAAUAAUACCAUCGCUGACGGUCGAAAUGACCAAUAGUCUGGGAAUGCGUCAGGUGAUGCACAUAAUCGAUGAAGUCUUGGUGCCACUUACUGCUUUGCCCACUGCCAAAAUGGAGUUCACCAAUUUGGAUGCCUAUCAAUUUAUGAAACAGGCCGACAUCUUAGAUAUCGGCGAGAAUCGCUUGAGAUCGUACCGCUCGCAAGUGACUUUAAUGCGUAAGGAUAAUCUCUAUCAGUCGCCAGGUGGACAUACAUUUUUAAUACCCGUCGAUGAAGGUUUCAAGCAAACCACACGCAGCAGCCUGGUGGACAACAAAGUCAUCGACGGACACGUCAUACUGAACAAUGUGAUUUUUACGGCAGCCGCGCAAAUGGAGGUGCCACAAACCACAGCCGCAUUCGAGGACAAUCUCAAAGUAACCGUUAGUUUCUUCAAACAAAAAGACGGCAAAAUGUACGUCAAAUCGAAUACUCUUUUAGGUGACGCCAAGCACCCCACCGGUGUGGUGUUGGCGGAAAUUGUCAAAGGCAACAUUCCGGUGCGAAAUGGUGUGGUGCAUCUGAUUCAUCGGCCGCUAAUGAUAAUCGACUCGACGGUGACGCAAUUUCUACAGAAAAAUUUUGGGUGCGAUUCCUUUAAGUUGAUGAAUGAUAAUGAAAAUGGCGCUCUGCGCAAAUUUUACGACGUAAUCAUGGAUAACGGUGGCGAGGUGCUAACCGACAUUAGCAACUUGGGUGAAAUUACAAUUUUGGCACCUAGCAAUGAUGCCUGGGAGGCUAAGGAUGUACAAAACUUAAUAAGAAAUCGUGAGAAAUUGCGUGAUAUCCUGAAUAUGCACAUUAUCAAAGACAAACUGAAUGUUGAUCGAAUUCGCCAAAAGAACAAGAAUAUUAUUGCUCAGGUGCCAACUGUCAACAAUCGUACAUUUUUGUAUUUCAACAUCAAAGAAGAAAAUGGCGAAGAAAUGAUAACUGUUGAAGGUGGUGGCGUCAACGCAACUGUACUGCAAGCGGAUGUCGCUCAAACUAACGGUUAUGUACACAUUAUUGAUAAAGUUUUGGGCGUUCCAUAUACGACUGUACUCGAAAAACUCGAAACGGAUCCCAUGAUGAGUGAUACCUUCAAAUUGGGUCAAUUCUCCGCCUUUAACAAUCAACUGAAUAACACACAACGUCGCUUCACCUAUUUCGUGCCACGUGAUAAGGCUUGGCAGAAGACCAAAUUGGACUACCCUUCAACACAUAAGAAACUCUUCAUGGAAGACUUCGCCUACCAUUCCAGGUCAAUAUUGGAACGUCACUUGGUCAUUGCCGAUAAUGUGUACACGAUGAACGACUUGGUAGCAAUGACAGCUGCGUCUGGUGACUCCAUUUUGCUGCCUACAUACAGAGAUUCCUUGAAAGUUAAAGUAGAAGAGGAAGCCGGACAUCUUCACGAUGAAUAUGCUUCACAUGAGUGGACCGGUUAUGUUAUCACUUGGAAUUUCAAGAAGAUCAACGUCUACCGACCGGAUGUCGAGUGCACCAACGGCAUAAUACACGUCAUCGACUAUCCCAUGCUGGAGGAACGGGACGUCGUCGUCAACGGAGGUUAGGCAUUAACCUAGCAACCUUCAACUACUACACUACAUACUCACAUUAUGUAGGUAAUGCGCAGAACUAUCUGCUUUGAUGUGUGUGUACCAUAAUUAUCAGAUCACAUUCCGAAACUGUUCAACAUUCUUAUUGAUUACGUUAGUGAUUACGAUUUUUAAUUACUCUUCUACUUCAACUACAUAUGUAUGUAUGUAUAGUAAUGAUAAUGAUAUUUAAAUAUUUAAUUGAAGUUUAAAUUACACUUGUUCAAAAACUAAAAUGAAAUAAAAGAUAAACAAUAAUGAAUAUUAAUACAUUUACUAAGUAAUUAGUUAAGCGUAAAACAAAAAACCGUAAAAUUGAAAAAAGUAAAAAAAAAACAGCUAAAAAAUAUUCCAUGAAGUUUAAAGAGACGAAAUUAAUUAUGUAAUUAAAGCAUAUAUAAUUGCAAUAAAAAAACAAUUAUCAAUUUCAUUAAUUUUGGUAGUUAAUACGAGUAAUCAACAUUUAAUAUUGGUAUGCUCGCAGUAGAUGCAAAACAUUGUAAGCUAAAGAAAACGCAUUUUUAGGGUGUUGGCGAGCUUGCUUAUGGAUGAUGGUCAACAAACACAAUUCAAAUACUAGAAAAGCAUAAACAUACAUAUUUUCUAAAGCACUCAUUUUCUAAAAAAAAAACUUCAAAUGCAAGGCAUUCGACUAGUUCGGAUUGGAAAGAAAUAGUUAUACAUAUAUACUAUACCAAGCAAGGGUUAGAUAUUUUCAAAUACAAAAACGAACUGCAAGAAAUGCUGUCUGUGGCCACAUGAUGCUUAGGCUGAGCAAAUCAGCGCAAUCAAAAGACAAAAAAAACAUGCUACAGUUUUCUGAACAGCAACCGAUUUUUAUUGCUUACACACUCACUUCUCAUGCAUAAUUGCAAGGAUUUAUUGGGGGGAGUGAACGUAUUCUAUCUACAAAUACCUUAAGGUUAUAGAUUACAGCGCGUUGCCAAGCAGAAUAAGAGUUUGGUUUCUAAAAACUAGAAAAGGUCAAGUUUUGCCACGCUUCGAGUCUCAUCGUUAAUUAUAUGUAAGCGAAAGCAUUGUAUGUAUGUACAUAGAUAACGUAAAUUGGCGAAACAUUAUUCGUUAUUGGAGCUGUAGCUUAAAUGUUCCCUAUCGGCUGUAUUCAAAGUUGCAUUUAAGAUUAUAAUUGCACGGGUUAUUGAAAGACAUUAAAAUUUCAAACAAAUUGUUAGUUAAAGUUAGAUGCAUUAAACUCUUUUGCCUUUUCACUUAAGCCUUCGCUCUCAAGAAGUAACACUUUAAAGAGUAAAAAAAAAUUUUUUACAAUUAAAAUGUAUUUAUUUUCGUUUAUUUUAUAUUAAUUAAUAUUAUAUAUAAUACAUUUGUUUGGAAGUUCAAAACAUUUAUGUAAUUAAAUAAAUUUUAAAGAAAACUAAUGAUAAGAAAACGAGUAUUGCGAUAGGAUUGAACGAGGAAUACAACACUGACGCUUAAAAAAGCUUUUGUGACCUUCAAGCAUUCACACUUCAAACGGUGCAAAUAUAAAAACAGCAACAUUUAAUUACAAUAACUAAAUAUUUAUUGAAAAUAUUAGAUAAAUGUAAAGAAAAAAAAAAUAAACAACAAGAAAAUAUAUUAUACAUAUAUACAAGUAUUUCAUAUAAAUAUGUAUGCAAACUUAUUGCUGUAGUCAGUAGUUACACGUUAAGAUCAUAAUCUGCUCCAAAGAACAUAUUAAACAUCACAACGUCCCGCCUCUUUUUACACAAACACAAUCACAACUUAUACAAUUACACCACAAACAUGGCCCACAAGCUACUUAAUUUUAGUAAAAUAUCGUUUGAGACGAAUUAUAACACCUAAAAUACCGUUAUGUGGCGAAACGUCAAGCACAUCAAAUAAAUAUGUAUACUUUUCCACACAGAAUUAACUCGAUUAGCACACUUGAGACUCCCAUAGCUGUAACAUACACACAUAUAGGAUGUAUAUGUAGUUGUGUAGCGUAUGUAAGGUACAUGUGUUUAGCAUUGAGGGGCGUGCACAGUGUACUACACCUUAGCAAAUCGGUUCAUUAAAUAACUAUUAUCUAACAACAAAAUUAACGUGUAACUAGUGCCUUACUAAAGUUUAACUAAUUACCUAAACCAUAACCUUAAAUUCAUGUUUAAACAUAACUUUAAUUUAAUGCAUAACAAAUACGUAUACAUAUACAUAUGUAUAUUUUAUUAAAAAAUUACUUAGAAAACAAUAAUUAAGCCUAACACUUUGUAGUAUGCCAGCUUACAUAAAAAUGUUAAACUAAAAUUAUAAAAACAAAAACUAUAAGUAUAAAAUGUCUUGGGCAUGUCAAGUGCUACUUCAAACAAAAAACAUAAUGUAUAAAUGUAUAUAAUAUAUACAUACAUACAUACUUACAUUAUAAAUGCAUAUACAUUCAGAGAGAGCAUAUUUAAAAAGAUUAAAUUAAUUAUAUUUUUAGUAGUUUAUUUAGAUAAGCAAUAAAAGCUUGCAUAUAAAUAAAAAUCAAGAACCAAAAAUGUAUGUAUGUUAUUCACAGAGCAGCCAGGAUAAUGUUUGUUAACAUUAAUAAAUGAAAUGAUGCAACAUAAUUAAUAAGUAAAAGUGGGGAAUGCUAAACUAAACAGAGUCUAUGCUAACUAUGAUCAAGAACUGUUAGUUCAGCCUGACAACAGCACUGUAUGUUAAAUUUAACAGAGUCUAUGCUAACUUUAACCAGAAGUGUUAGUUUAACAUGCCGUCAGGAGUUAAUGUUAAACUUAACAGAGCAUAUGUUAACUACAAUGAAAUAUUGUUAGUUUAACAUAGCAACAACAGUGAAUGUUAAACUAAACAAUAUUUAUGUUAACUAUAAUCAAGAAAUAUUAGUUUAGCAUGGCAAUAGCAGUGUUAAACUGAACACAGCAUACAGCAUGUUAACUAUUAUGAAGAAGUGUUUGUUUAACAUAGCAACAGCGGCAUAUGUUCCCAGAGAUUUUUGCGGUAUAAGCUACAUAUGUAAUAUUUACAUAAAUUCCUUUAAAUGUUCCCUAAUUUUCGUAUUUUCUGCUUUAGUUCUUCUGUAAAUACUGUGUGGUGCAUGUAAACCUUAGGAAUUCGAAUAAAUUGUUCAAUUUGAAUUUCUUUGUUCAAAGUGGAUUUUUAACUAUGUACAGUUACAAUGUUUAUUAAUCUAAUUCGGAUAAAAGGUAAACAAUACAAUUUAAGAGGUCCUAUUAUAAAAAAAUCCAAAUUAUUCAAAGAAAUUAGAUUUUUUUUACAACAGCCCUAAUUUUUCCGCUUUUUAAGCGUUUAAAAGUAUUGCCAACAGAAGAAUUUGUGUAAAAUUACUUUUUAAAUAAAAUUUCUCGAAAUUAAAAUAUUUUCUUAAUUUCUUUUUUAACAUUACUUAGGAGCAAUACCUAAAAUACCAUUCGAGUAUAUGCAUAAUACAUUUAUACAUAUACAUAUGUAUGUACAAGUAUACAAAAUAAAAACUUGAGGAGAACA